CCAGACUUUGCCGCUAUUUUCAUACUGGAGGAGGACUUCGCCCAUGUUCUACUCGCAGCUCAUCCUGGCCAAGAAGGGCCCGCUGGGGCAGGUCUGGCUGGCCGCCCACUGGGACAAGAAGCUCACCAAGGCCGCGAUCUCGGCCGCGGACGUCGGCGAGGCCGCCGACUCGAUCGCCAACCCCGUCGUUCCGCUGGCGCUCCGCGUCUCCGGCCAUCUCUUGCUCGGCGUCACGCGGAUCUACAACCGCAAGGUCAACUACCUCUUCACGGACUGCAGCGAAGCGCUCGUGAAGAUCAAGAUGGCCUUCCGCCCCGGCGUCGUCGACUUGCCGGAAGCGCAGACGACGGCGAAUCUCAGCGCCAUCAACGUCGCGUCGUUCGGCGAGUUUGACGCGCAAAUGCCUUACGACAUCCAGACGCUGGCCGCGCCGUCGCUCACGGAAUGGAUGACGACGCCGUCGCAGACGCAGGCCCGGCGCCAAGACAUAACGCUAGCAGACACGAGCAACCCGAGCGUCUACAGCAACGACUCGUUCAACGCGCAUGAUUCGUUUGGCAACAACGACUCGUUUGGCGGCGGCGACUGGCAGCCGUUCGAUGUUGAAGACCAAGCCAACAACGACCUCGACACAAGUGGCAUCAGCGACGUUGAACGCGGUCGUAACGCGGCCGACGUGAGUGGUCUGAGCAUCCGCGCCGACCUCGACGCAUCCAUCGACAACUUGCAGAAGGACGACGAUGGCGUCGACCUGUUCCAAGACGACAAGGCCGACGACAUUGAGAUGGGCGAUCCCGAUGCGCCCGAGAUGGUCGCCGACGACGUCUCGAUGCCCGACAUUGACAUGCAACCUGUCGACGACCAGUUCGACACGGGUGGCAUCGACGUCGAGCCGGCCAGCCCGAUGACCGACUCGCAGCUACUCGAUUUUGCGAUGCACGGCUCCGAGAACCCGAUUGAGGCCGUGCCCAAGCGCCAGCGCAAGCGCAAGAUCGGCCAGGACUCGAUGACGGAGCUCUCGUCGGCCGUCAUCAAGAAGGGCUUGAAGGACGUCUCGGACAUUGUCCGCGUCCGUGACGGUCGUGGCACAAAGCGCCAGAAGCUCCAGCAGCAACCCGUCGACGCGCUUCUGAAGCCGUCGACGAGCGGUCUCAACGCGCAGCUCCAGAGCAUGUUCAAGAUCACGAUGAAGCACGCCAAGCUGCCCGAUCCCAUCACGGACAUGCAGAAGGACGACGAAGAGAAGAAGGUCGAGACGAGCGAGCACGAAGCCAUCGAGCGAACGCGGCGACAGGCGACGUCGGUGUCGUACAACGAGGUCGAUGAAGACGUCGAUGACGUUCAGCAGGCACCGGAAGCGCCCAAGGAGGUAGCAGACUAUGAGUUUGGCGGCCCCGGCGACGAAGACGACAUGCACGCGGACCACGGCCUCGAGAUGGACGACGAACGCAGCAUGGACGACGUGCUCGUGGGCCAGGACGGUCUUCCGAUGGACCUCGACCUGUCGUUGGCACCCGCUUCGAACCCCGAGGCGACGCCGGCGGUCGAUGUGCCGUCGACGGCGACGCACAAGUGGCAUCCGCACACGGUCAAGGUCAUGAAGGUGCUCCGCACGUCCAUGCAAGACCACGACACGGUGUCGUACCAGCAGCUCGCCAAGUCGACGCGCAGCCGCCGGACCGCCGCCGCGCUAUUCUUUGAGCUCCUCCAACUCAAGACGCUCGACCUCGUCGAUGUCAACCAGCCCUCUGCGUACGGCAACAUCCACGUGACCAAGACGGACCGGUUCGCCGACUACAUCCCUGCCGUCGACGGCGCCUAGUCUCGAUUAGGUAGUGCUUUUUUAUUUUAACCCUUUGAUUUUGCGAAAGAGCAUGGCGAAGCAG